CGCUCAGUAUAUAAAGCAGGACAACGACGGAAGGAGGACGGCUGGGGAGUCGCAGCCCGGGAUUGUAAAUAAGACCGUUAAAACUGUGUUUUAUUUACAAAAGUGAUGCCGGCUGUUUUAAAAUAUCGUUCCCAGUUGUUUUAAUUCGUUUUUCGUAAAUUUUUGGCUCUAUUUCUCGCCUAUUUCCGUGUGGUUUUUACACUACGCGUAUAAUGGCGAGCUCGGCAAACUCGAACCCAGUGCCUAAACUAUAUAAGUCUGUGAUUGAGGAUGUGAUCAAUGAGGUGCGAGAGCUGUUCCUGGAUGAGGGUGUGGAUGAGCAAGUGCUUCUGGAGCUGAAAACGCUAUGGGAGAACAAACUGUUGCAGUCCAAGGCAGUGGAUGGCUUCCAUACUGAAGAGCAGGCAGCCCUGCAGGCUGCUCAGCAGCAGCAGCAGCAGCAGGUUCAACAGGUCCAACAGGUCCAACAGGUCCAGCCGGUGACCCAGCCAGCACAGACUCAGCAAGUCAUCCUGCCCCCCCAGCAGCAGCAAGCUCCCCAGCAGCAAGUCAUUGUUCAGGAUUCCAAGAUUCUUCAGCACAUGAGUGCAACGGGGAUGAGUGCAGCAGCUACCGCAGCAACGCUUGCUUUGCCCACAGGGGUCACCCCAUACCAACAGCUCAUCACCAGCCAAGGUCAGAUCUUGCAGGUGGUCCGUGCUCCAAAUGGGGCUCAGUACAUCAUCCAGCCCCAGCAGCAGAUCCUCCUGCAGCAGCAGAUGCAGCCUGGUGGCGUGCAGGCACCGGUCAUACAACAGGUCCUGGCUCCUCUGCAGGGAGGCCCCCAACAAACAGGAGUCAUCAUCCAGCCACAGCAGAUUGUUUUAGCUUCAAACAAAGUCCAAGGCAAUACACAGGUGAUGCAGGCAGCAGCUAUGGCACCUCAGCCCGGUCAGGCAACAACAGCUGCUCUGGUGCGGCAGAUUCAGCAAGCCCAGGGUGCAGCUGCACCACAGGCCCAACCACAGCCUCAGGCCCAGCAGCAAGACCAGCCCCAGGGUCAACCCCAGCCUCAGGCACAGCAGCCUCCCAUGGUUGUGCAGGUGGAUGGAGCCGGAGACACCUCCUCAGAGGAGGACGAGGAUGAGGAGGAGGAGUAUGAUGAGGAUGACGAGGAGGAGAAGGACAAGGAUGGGGGAGAGGACGGGCAGGUGGAGGAGGAACCACUGAACAGUGGGGAUGAUGUCAGUGAUGAGGAAGACCAGGAGCUGUUUGAUACAGAGAAUGUAGUGGUGUGCCAGUAUGACAAGAUUCACAGAAGUAAGAACAAAUGGAAAUUCCACCUGAAGGACGGGAUCAUGAAUCUGAACGGGAGAGACUAUGUCUUCUCCAAAGCCAUUGGGGAUGCCGAAUGGUGAAGUAGGGGGAAAAAAACACACAAAAAAAAAACAGGAGCAGGAACUCUGUAACUCCUUCUAUCCAGUUAACAGACACUUCAAUAUCCUUCCAUAUCCUGUGACUGGAUUCAUUUCAGGAAACUUCUUCUGAGUCUUUGAGAACUCUGACAAACCCAAAGGACUGAGAGGGUACUGUAAAACCUGGGUGUCGUCAAUAAUACUCGGCUAGCCUUGCGAGAUGAGAAACUUACAGGAGAAGGGAAAGCCUGUGUGAACAGAGCAUUGUUUCUCUUUUUUUCUUCUUCCUCUUCCGGGCUUCUCUACGUUUUUUCCUGACAGAGUUCACAUACUUUGAAAGUAAGCGUUUCACAUCGUACAGGUGUAGUGGACCAGGGUGACGUGACCUGCCCUGUCACAGGAGGUCAGAAGUCAUUCAUUAUAACCCCGUAGAUGAAAAACACCUUCAUAAUGCACUGUAGUCGGUUGACUGGAUUGACUCGUGUCUACGUUUAAGUCCGAAUUUAGUGCCACCAGUCGAGAUCGCUGCCUUUAGAACGGCCAGAAUCAACUUUUUUGGCUUCUAAUUUUUGUUCUUGGAUCGUAAUUCUGUCUCAAUUGAUGUUUAUGAAAAUGGUGCUCCAGAGUGUUUUAUGUAGUUAACAACCUGUUAUUGUUUUAAACAUUUUUUUAAAAUAUGUUCUAUGAAGGGUUAAGACAAAGAAGGUAAAAAUUACAUUAAUUUCAAAAUAACUAAUAGUUGCGUAAAGGCAUUUUUAAAAUCUUGUAGGGAGUGCUGAAUCCAAAAAAAGUUAGUUUGUUCAUCUGCUUCUCUGGAGUUUCAUUCCAUCUUUAUCAGAAAAGUAAAACAAAAAAAAGGAAGAACAGAUCCAACACCGAAUUCAUUUAAGAAUUGUACAAAAUGUCUGAAAGUUUGUCCUGUUGGUGUUUCUUCUUUGCUCUUAUUUUAGUUCUCUGCAGCCGUCUGAAAAUUUGCACUGUCAGUUUAUCAAUGUGUAGUGAAAUCAGUCAAGUUAAUCAAUAACCACAGCGUGCUCUGUUCUGUCAAGUUGUGUGUGAGAGAGGCAUGUGGCAGGGGGUCACGUAUGUAUGAUGAUUCAUGUGUGUUGUCACUGCUUUUCUCUGGAAAUUUGUUGGUUUAUUUUUCUUGCACACGACAUUAUCUCAAAAAAUCACAGCUAAAAUAGUAAAAUAGAGAUUUAAAUUUAUUUUGGGUGGGGCAGGGCGGUGUCCUGUUUUUUUUUUUUUUAGUUUUUUUUUUUUUAUAUUUAUUCCUGAAAGUUCAUGAAAUGUUCUAUUUUUUGAGAAGGUUGGAAAGCCGCACCAAACUGUGCUCUUAUAAUCUAAAAAGUGUUCCUUUUUUUUCUGUUGGCUGGACAAAGCUACCUAACGCUGUGUUCCAAAUCAUUUCGUCCACCAUAUGUUCUCCUGUGCUUUCAUUUAUUCAUGAUUUUUAAAAUGAGAAUAUUUUCUAUCAAAGUGAGUUUAACUCGGGGGCCCGUGUGUUUCUCUGCAGUUUGUUUUUAGUGCCCCUGUUGCAGCAAUUUGAAAUAAAGUAUGUGUUUUUUGA